AGACUCCGGAGAUUGUUCGUGUGUCAAAUUUGGAGGCCGGACGCUUGAACGGCUACGUUUGCUCCUUCAACACCUUUUACUCGACUUGUCCUUCAUACCGCUUUACCGAAGAAGUCAGGUCAUAGCAGCUCCAAAAGGUUUUCCGGCAAGUAGAUGGGGAGGUAGAAGAGGAGAGGUUCACACGAGAAGCCGUACGUUAUUCGUCGUUCAACCGUUCAUUCAUUUGUUCGUUCAUCGUCAUCCAUUCGCUCAUCUCGUCCUAUCGUGGUUUCAACACAUCAUUUAGAGUCAGGUCAUAGCAGCUCCAAAAGGUUUUCCGGCAAGUAGAUGGGGAGGUAGAAGAGGAGAGGUUCACACGAGAAGUUGAACGUUAUUCGUCAUUCAACCGUUCAUUCAUUUGUUCGUUCAUCGUCAUCCAUUCGCUCAUCUCGUCCUAUCGUGGUUUCAACACAUCAUUUAGAGAGAAUGAGCCAAGCAGUAGGCAAUGAUGGACAGGCUGUCCCACAGGGGAAGCUUGAGCACAUUCACUCCUCAGCUUUUGCUGAGCGUGUAGUUGUUUUUGCUACACGCAGGGAGGUCAGGCUUUCGUGCGCCUACUACAGUGGGCUUGUCCAGGAACCAUUGGGAUCAAACGGGUUUUCAUCAAGUGGGCUUUGUAGAAUGAGCCAAGCAACAGGCAACGAUGGACAGGCUGUCCCACAGGGGAAGCCUGAGCACAUUCACUUCUCAGCUUUUGCUGAGCGUGUAGUUGUUUUUGCUACACGCAGGUAGACAUGACGGUACAGGUGUUAACCCUGAAGGACAGUGAUUGUGGGAAGAUGGGCAGCGCACGGACGAGUUUUAAUAAUUGUAAUCAUCUGAAUUAAUUAAUCAUUUAGGCAUGAACCCACUAUUUGUCGUUUUACUUAUUUAUUUACUUCCGCUUUUACUCUGCAUUUAUAUCACUCACGUUUUGGGAAUAACUCCUAGCAUUUAUUACACCAAUUAAUCACAACCGUUUCCAAAAUAAAUGGACAUUAAAGUUCUUUACUUUAU